CACCCACCCCCCCCCCCCCCCCCCCUCUCUCUCCUCUGUCUUUUCUCUAUUAAUCGGAGCAGAGAGCCAAUCCCGACAGGUUUAUGCGAUUUUGAUCGAAAGAACGAGGAACAAAGAACGCGAAGAAGAAGAAUUAGAACGCGAAGCGAUGAAAGGGGAGUAUAUGGAGCCCAAUACCGAUUCAGCCACCGCCGCCAUGUUCUCCAAAAUCCACCACCCCCACCCUCUCCACCACCACCCCUUCUCCCACCACUUCCAACGCCUCACCCCCGGCGACCGCCAGCCCCCCUCCGAGGACGACUCUUCCGCCGCCACCAGCCGCCCCUCUCCUCCCUCAUCCUCCGCCCCCGACACUACCGCUAAGCCCACCAAGCCCGACGCAGCCAACGGCGGCGACGGCGCCUCCAUCGAGGUGGUCCGCCGGCCCCGGGGCCGCCCCCCCGGUUCCAAGAAUAAGCCGAAGCCUCCCGUCGUCAUUACCCGGGAGCCCGAGCCCGUCAUGAGCCCCUAUAUCCUUGAGAUACCCGGCGGGGCCGACGUCGUGGAGUCCAUCUCCCGGUUCUGCCGCCGCAAGGGCAUGGGCCUCUGCAUCCUCACGGGCUCCGGCACCGUCGCGAACUGCACCCUACGCCAGCCUUCCGCCGGCAACGUCCCCGCUGGAGCAACCGUCACCUUCCAUGGCCGGUUCGAGAUCCUGUCGAUCUCAGCCACAUUCCUGCACCAGACGCUGGCAUUCCCAAUCCCGAACGGCUUCUCAAUCUCACUGGCUGGCCCACAGGGCCAGAUCGUCGGCGGGUACGUCGCGGGGCCGCUGUUGGCGGCGGGCCCCGUGUUCGUGGUCGCGGCUUCGUUCAACAACCCGUCCUACCACAGGCUGCAGGAGGAGCGGGAGGACAGCAGGAGGUCGACAUCGGAAGGGCAUUCGCCUCCGGCAUCCGGGGGAGUGGACAGUGGGAACGCGGGGCAUAACCACCCUCAUCAUCAGCAGCAGCACCAAGGGGAGGACUCAUUGCCGGCGAUGUACAGCUGCCAUAUGCCGUCGGAGGUGAUGUGGACUACUCCGCAACCGAAGCAGCAGCACCCGUACUGACAUUGAGGAUGUGGGGGAUGAGUUAGUUCCAGAACUGAUCGGAAAAACCUCUUCUUUUUUUCUUCUUUUGUUUUGGAGAGUGAUGAAAAUGGUAUGGAUUUGGGUGUUGGAGGAGUUAAGGUUGAUGGUUUUGUGACUAAGCGGUCGGAUUAGUACUCGGGGUUAGUUGAUUCAGUUCAUUGAUAGGAGGUAGAUAGUGGGGAAGAGACAUGAACAGGACGUCGCAGUUUCUGGUUUUUGUUUUUAUUUUUGUUUUUCCUAUAUUCUAUAUUACAAUGUAUGAUAUGAUAUGACAUGGCAUGAUCAAGGCGCGGAGUAGGUUAUUAUAGAGAGAGAGUUGAAAUCUUUUUAAUUGAAAA